GCCGCGGCGGCGCUCGAGGUGCUCCACGAGGACGACCGGGUCAUCGCCGUCGCGAAGCCCAACGGCGUGCUGUCCAUGGCCGCGGGCACGACGAAGCGGUUCGCGACGCUGCCCGACGCCGUCGCGCUCGCCGCGGGCGUCGCGCUGAGCGACCUCGGCGGGCCGAACGCGCUGGGCGUCGUCCACCGCCUCGACCGCGACGCGUCGGGCGCGAUGGUGCUGGCGAAGACGCGCGCCGCGCACGCGCUCCUCGUCCGCGAGUUCGCCGCGCGCCGCGUCCGCAAGACCUACCUGGCGGUCGGCCGAGGCGCCGCGACGUGGGACGGCGCGCGAGCGGUCGACGACGACGUCCAGGGCAAGCCCGCGGCGACGGAGGUCGCCGCGCUCGCGGCCGGCGGCGACCGCGUGCUGCUGGACUGCAGAGCGAGGACCGGCAGGAAACACCAGGUCCGCCUCCACUGCGCGGCGCUCGGCCUCCCGCUCGUCGGCGACCCGCGC